GUUGGCUGCUGGGAAAGCGAGGCAGGCAGGCGCAGGCAGCGGUGAAUCGGAGGUAAGGGCUGCGGGGCGCGGCUGAGCAGAGCUGAUGUGUGGGGCUUCCUUCAGAAAGAAGUCGGUCUUCAUAGCCGAGUCACUCAAGGUACCUUUACCCAGUUAGAGGUGACCCAAGAGCAGGUGAAGGAGAUGGAAGAGCAGCACCCAGGAGAACUUGGAGGUGGCACGAUAUCGAGCAGAGGCCCCCGUUGCACCCAAGUUGGGAGUGGUGCUGCUGAAUUACAGGAAAACACUGUGCCAGUUAUGUCUUUCCAGGUCAUGCCUAUCUCAGACGUGCAUUGCCAACGCUUCCGGCAGUUCCUCUACCGAGAGGCGGAUGGGCCCCGAGAGGUUUGCAGCCAGCUCCAUCAACUCAGCAACCACUGGCUGAGGCCAGAGAGGCGCUCCAAAAAGGAAAUCCUGGACGUGGUGGUCCUGGAGCAGUUCCUCGCCAUCCUGCCCCUGGAAGUGCAACGCUGGGUCAGAGAAUGUGGGCCAGAGAGCAGCUGCCAGGCGGUGGCCUUGGCUGAAGGCUUCCUGCUGAGUCAGGCCGAGGAGGAGAGGCCGGCAGAGCAGGUGUGGGGACCAUCCGCGGAGAGAGACGCAGCAUUCCCCGAGGCGGAAGAAGCUUCCCUGGAGCGAGAGCAGAGGGCGCACACCAAGGAGGGUGCCCAAGAUGCCCUCUCCUGUGGUAGCGGAGAGAUGCUGUUGAGUCCUCAUGUGUUUGGGGGUGUGGAAACAGUCCAGCGUCCCUUUUCCUUUGAGGAGGUGUCUGUGUGUUUCACUCCAGCAGAAUGGGCCCUGCUGGAUCCAGGCCAGAGAACUCUCUACAGGGAAGUCAUGCGGGAGAACUAUUGGAGCGUCAUCUCUCUGAACCGAAGUGUAAGAGAGACAUUGGUGGAGAAAGACAAGAGUCUCGCAUCUGAAGAAAGGCUGGAGAGUUUCUCAGGAUCCCAAGAACAUGUUUCCUUCCCAAAGGAGGUGACUGACGAGGAUGAUCAGAAGAAGGAAGAGGGUGAUGAACUUGAUCAGCAGUUGGCAGAAGGAGUUAAGAAUGAAGACCUGAGAGAAAACAUCAGGAGUCGAGGCAGACCUAAGAGAAUGAAAGUCAGGCACAUGGUUGAGAAAAGAGAUGUAAGAUGGCGUAUUGUACAUAUUCCAAAUCAGAGAAUAAUGAAGGCAAGUACAUCCAUUCAAUGUCGAAAGUAUUUCAAAAGUAGAUCAGAGCUCCUUGUACACCAAAGAACCCACAGAGGCGAGAAACGCUUUGGCCAUCUUCAAGAACAUAGAAAAAGCAACACAGGCAAGAAACCUUUUGAAUGCUCAGUGUGUAAAAAGAGAUUCACUCACACUAGCAAUCUUCAAAAGCAUCAGAGAACCCACACAGGGGAGAAACCUUUUGAAUGCUUAGAGUGCAGAAAAAGAUUCAGUCGGAGUUUCAAUCUUCAAAGGCAUCAGAGAACCCACACAGGGGAGAAGCCUUUUGAAUGCUCAGAGUGUGCAAAGAGAUUCAGAAACAGUGGCGAUCUUCAAAAGCAUCAGAGAACCCACACAGGGGAGAAGCCUUUUGAAUGCUCAGAGUGUGGAAAGAGAUUCAGUGACAGUGGCAAUCUUCAAAGGCAUCAGAGAACCCACACAGGGGAGAAGCCUUUUGAAUGCUCAGAGUGUGCAAAGAGAUUCAGAAACAGUGGCGAUCUUCAAAAGCAUCAGAGAACCCACACAGGGGAGAAGCCUUUUGAAUGCUCAGAGUGUGGAAAGAGAUUCAGUGACAGUGGCAAUCUUCAAAGCCAUCAGAGAACCCACACAGGGGAGAAGCCUUUUGAAUGCUCAGAGUGUGGAAAGAGAUUCAGUCGGAGUGGCAAUCUUCAAAGCUAUCAGAGAACCCACACAGGGGAGAAGCCUUUUGAAUGCUCAGAGUGUGCAAAGAGAUUCAGUAACAGUGCUCUUCAAAGGCAUCAAAGAACCCACACAGGGGAGAAACCUUUUGAAUGCUCAGAGUGUUCAAAGAGAUUCAGUAAAAGUAGCGCUCUUCAAAGCCAUCAGAGAACCCAUACAGGGGAGAAGCCUUUUGAAUGCUCAGAGUGUAAAAAGAGAUUCACUCAGAGUAGUAUUUUUCAAAGGCAUCAGAGAACCCACACAGGGGAGAAGCCUUUUGAAUGCUUAGAGUGCAGAAAAAGAUUCCGACUCAAUGGCGAUCUUCAAAGGCAUCAGAGAACCCACACAGGGGAGAAACCUUUUGAAUGCUCAGAGUGUGCAAAGAGAUUCAGUCGCAGUGGCCAUCUUCAAAGCCAUCAGAGAACCCACACAGGGGAGAAGCCUUUUGAAUGCUUAGAGUGCAGAAAGAGAUUCACUCAAAGUAGUAUUCUUCAAAGGCAUCAGAGAACCCACACAGGGGAGAAACCUUUUGAAUGCUCAGAGUGUGCAAAGAGAUUCAGUCACAGUGGCCAUCUUCAAAGCCAUCAGAGAACCCACACAGGGGAGAAGCCUUUUGAAUGCACAGAGUGUGGAAAGAGAUUCAGUCACAGUGGCGAUCUUAAAAAGCAUCAGAGAACCCACACAGGGGAGAAGCCUUUUGAAUGCACAGAGUGUGGAAAGAGAUUCAAUUGCAGUGGCCAUCUUAAAAAGCAUCAGAGAACGCACUCAGGGGAUAAGCCUUAUGAAUGCUCAGAGUGUAAAAAGAGAUUCACUCACAUUGAAAUCCACCUGACAACGAGCAUCUUUCUGCUGCCAAACGAACAAGCCCAGACUGCAGAGAUGUCUGCGUAUCAGUGGACUGUGAAGGUAUCACAGCCUGGGAAGGGAUCCCAGACAGCAAAAGGAUGCCAGACCGUGAAGGGAUCAGGCCCACAGCUGUCCAGUAAAGGAGAAGCCCAAGCCGCCGCGAAGGCGAGGUCACGAACUACACUUCCCGGCGUCCUUCGGGGGAUGCGUCAGGCCACUUCCGUCGCAAACCGGAAGUGUAGUCGGGAAAGCCGUCGCGAGGGUGAGUCCUAG